AUGUCAGGGCUUUAUAGACUGCUCCGUCAAAAAUGGAUGCCACCAGUGGAUCCCACAACAUCAUUCGACGGGCAGACGAUCUUGAUAACGGGAGCGAACACUGGACUGGGAUUUGAAGCCGCUAUCAAGUUUGCCUCUUUGGGUGCCUCGAAGGUUAUCAUUGGAGUGCGUAAUAUCGAUAGCGGAAUCGCUGCAAAGCACAAAAUUGAACAACGGGUGGGAAGAAAUGGGUUGGUCGAAGUGUGGUCACUAGACAUGAACUCCUAUACCAGUAUCCAAGCCUUCGCAGAUCGGGCCACCAACUAUCCAAAGCGUAUAGAUGCUGCGCUUCUGAAUGCAGGCAUACGGAACAAGACUUUCAAAUGCAGCUCCUAUGGUUGGGAAGAGACAUUACAGGUCAACGUUCUAUCAACAGCGCUUCUUGGUCUCCUUCUCUUGCCAAAAUUAAAGACUUCCGGAUCUGCCGUUCGAAGAGCUGUGCUACAAGUCACUUCCUCGGGGACGCAUGUAAUGCACAGAAUACCAGCCGAUCAUGAGACGGCACCGAACAUCCUGGAAUCCUUCAACGUUGCGGACGGCUAUAAUGCAGCUCGACAAUACAGUUUGUCGAAGCUGUUCAUUCAACUAGCCAUUUCUCAAUUGGCCCUCCAUGUCAACGACGAAAAUGGCAACCCAGAUGUUGUAGUGCUUGGCACUUGCCCAGGUCUGAUAUGCUCAGGCCUAGCCCGUUCGUACACUGGAGCACUCUUCUGGGUAGCUUACAUGAUAUUUACCUUCUUAUUCGCACGAUCCACGGAAGAAGGUGCGAGGUCUCUAGUCAGUGGUGUCGCUCUUGGUGAGAGGGGCCACGGAAGAUUCUGGCAGCAUGAUAAGCUUCACCCAUCCGCGCGUCAUCUUGAUGAAAUGGAAAGAGAGGAGUUGCGAGGACAGGUAUGGUACGAUAUUAUGGAUGCAUGGCGAAAAAGCGUCUCAGACACAACCUGGCAUGUCCACAGAUUGUUAAACCUACACCUUCAUAUACCGACGAAUGUCGCUUUCAAAGUGGCUCCUCUACCCCCGUAUCGAAAUCGAGGCCACCUUCACGGCAAAAAAUCACUCUUCCGCUACCUCUUCCCCAAUACCCACCAGCGCGCCCGCGAGAGCCUUUGGAAGUUCCGGUCCGAAACGCUCCCAUCUCUUCGCCACCGCGCACAAGCCCAGAUUUAUCGUUAUAUAGUACAUAGGCAAAGCCUGAACCGAAGGCGUAGACCCAGCCGCAUUUUAGACUUGGUGCGGCGAGUGAAACAGCGCAAAGACUUGCCAGGAAUAGGACGAAACAAAGAUGGAGUCAAGAUGAGUAGAUCCGAAUCGUCGACCGGCUCAUGGAGGGAAGGUGUGGGAAAUACCGAUUUCAGCAGCUUGCGCUCGGAGGGGCGUGAACCUGGUACCAGAAGGAAGAAAUUGGCCGGGUAUUUCAAAGCAGCGAAUGAGCUAAGGCAGUCGUACCAGCAGAGCUACACAGAGGGUUGGAGAAGAGAUACACAGUUUCAAGAUGUGGAAGAUAAUAGCCCUGGUGCCUUUCCUGAUGCUACAGUGGUGCGAACCGGUGAGGAGGAAAUGAUACUAUUUCCUAGUUACGCGACAAAACAUGUCAAGUCUAAGCCUGAUCCAGAUAGGAGACAUGCUCCGGCAACCAGCGGAAACUUGGAAGAUUCGGGGCCUGGAGACGAGGAAUUUUGGCGCCUAGAGUGGCAGAAGUACGAGGAUGACCAUGCUGUGGUGGACGUAGAUGUCAGGGGUUGGAUAUACACUCCGUUUAAGGGCAUGAUGUCACGGAAGCAGCGCAUAUUCAUUGGACUAGCUCGCCAGCUGGUUGGAAUCCCGGCCCCACCAUCACAAGAAGCAACGCCCUCAGCCAGUCGGAGUUCCAGCCCUUUGCCCUAUCAAGAUCGACUACAAGCUAGGACAUCACAACAAGAGGAGGCGUAUGUUGCUAAAGAAGCCGAAGAUAUUAUGAGAAAGGGAGAAGCUGAAGUUGAAACUGCCUCUAAGGGCCAGUAUAGCGAAAGUUCUCGAAAUGGUCAGGCUAGUAAUACUAUUCUCGGCAGCCGGAGCAGAACCACAUCUCCUGAUUCUACUAUGCACGCACGAAUUCAUGAUUUGCGACACGAAUCAUCUGUGUCAUCCAUGAGAAGCAAUGGCUCGAAAGACAUGACUCCAAUCCAGAAGCGAGCUUCGUGGAAUCAGCCUGCAAAUAUGACCCCACAAGAGCUACGCCAAGCCAACACACAUCUCAUGACUCGGCUCAAACCCUUUAUGGCGAGCCCAAUGGCGAACACGGCGAUCAGCGUAUUCUUCUAUAAUGAAGACAUUUCGAGGCAACGGACCGUGACAACGAACGCCGCGGGUCACUUCAGCGUGCGCGCUGCGCUGGACUUCGUGCCGACACAUGUACGUGUUUUGGCUUCAGAAAAGCUUUCUGCCACAGAGAAAGUCAAUGUGACUCGGCCGAAGGGUGUCAGUCUGAUCAGUGAUGUGGAUGACACCCUGAAGCAUUCUGCCAUUGGCAGUGGAGCCCGAGAGAUUUUUCGAAAUGCUUUUAUUCGAGAACUUGACGACCUUACCAUCGAUGGUGUACGCGAUUGGUAUGGCCGAUUAGCUGACAUGGGCGUUCAGUUCCAUUAUGUCUCGAAUUCACCUUGGCAACUUUUCCCUGUGGUAUCAAAAUUCUUCACCCUUGCCGGACUCCCUCCUGGGUCUUUUCAUCUAAAGCAGUACAGUGGCAUGCUUCAAGGCAUCUUUGAGCCUGUAGCAGAGCGCAAGAAAGGGACGCUGGAUAAGAUCGCUCGGGACUUUCCCGAAAGAAAGUUUCUUUUGGUUGGUGAUAGCGGUGAGGCCGAUUUAGAGGUGUAUACGGACUUUGUUCUCGAAAACCCUGGACGAGUUCUCGCCGUCUUCAUACGAGACGUAACAACUUCCAGUGGUAGUGGGUUUUUCAACUCGUCAAUGGGGCCUCUUACCGGCGAUAGAGUCGGUUCAGCACGGGGCCAAUCGGGAAACAGCCAAAUGAGUGCUGCUGCCCGCGGGCAGAGCGACGAUGAUGACCCAGAUUAUAAGGCUGCAAUAGCCGCAUCGUUGCGCGACAUGGAGAUUGAAGAGCAGCGGAGAAGUCAGAUAGAUCGCUCCGAACAGAAGCCAAAGCUGCCUCCUCGCAAACCCAUGGAGUCCACUUCUGCCAGAAGGCACGGUGAUCAAGAGAAAUUGAUUGAUAUCUCUGACGACGAGGUACCCCUAGAGCCUAAAGGAUUCGAUCGCCCGACACCACAGAGGUACCCAAUAGACCGCUCUCCGGGGUGUAAUCCAUCGAUCGAGGUUGCAAGCUCAAUGUCACCCCGUUCCCAAGCCCCAAUACCGCCUAGAAAACCUGUCUCACUUCGCAGUCCAGGCAUCGACAAUGAUAACAGCACCGCUGAAGGCCAUAGUCGAACCAAUGAGAAGAAGCAUCCACCUCCACCCCCGAAACCGCGUCGCACUUCGACCUUGGUAUCUACUACGCCAUCAAUCGAGGACUCCCGUGCACAGCAACGAGCUCAGCUUUGGAACCAAAGCAGACCUAUUGCACCACCAAAGCCAUUAUCACUUUCCGAUCAACAACAGUCCUAUACAUCCAGUGCCAAGCAAAAGAUAGUGUCUGUAUACAAUAAUCUGCCGUCCGCUUCGUCGUAUUGGUACGGAGCCCAGGACCAAGGGACGCGAGACAACUCAGGUCGUGGUGACGGCUCCAUGCCAUAUAAUAAUCCGUCCUGGAAUAAUAGUUCCAAAAUGACUGCGCAGUCAUACAGUACCUCUUCUGGGCAAGCUGAUUCAAACAGUCAAUAUCGACAUGACUAUCCUCAGGUCAACAAACGGGAACAGAUGUGGAGACAACGAUGGGCCCGAGCGCAGGACAUUCUUGGUCAAAAAGGAGUAGUGCUUCGCAGUUGGAAAGUUGGUACUGACGCUCUUGAAGAGAGCACUAAGCUAGUCCAAAAGGCAAACCGUGAGGUUGACGAAGGAUAG